CGGUCAUAAAAUAUUUGUAUUUUUGUGGUGUUGUAAUCAUUUUGUUGUUUUAUUUACAUUUUACAUCUUAAAUUAUAGCUUUAUUGAUUUUUGGUAUUCACAUAAUGUGCCUCUAUGAUAUUAAAAGAUGGAUAACGACAUAACAAUAGUGCCAUGGGUUGGUCCCACCUCUUGCAAAAAGAACCUCAAUGUUGCGGUGGUUUCUUCGAACGUAGAGGUAGCAGAAAACUUGUCUGAGGCCCUUACAGACGUCCAGGCAAGGGGAAACUACAGAUGGAAACUCGGCGUCCUACGUUCACUGAGCUUGGAGGAUAUUGUGAGACAAUCCAAUGUAACCGGCAGACUUGCUAUAGACUUUAUAAUAAUCGCGAUGGACACAAGCAAACUAUUUUGCGUUGAGUGGGCGAGAAAAAUGCUGGAGCAUGUCCACCCGGAUAUGAGAAUACGGCGUGUAUUGCUGGUGAAUGCAAGUGGACUUCCCGCUAACGCAAUGGCUGUGAGUUCAAGUGAAGUGGUAACAUUUUGUUUAGAAAACAAACUGGAUAUGUUAAAUGCAAACUUAUUAAAAAGUGAUGAAGCCCAAUUUGUUGCCAGAAAAAUACUGAAGUAUAUGGAAGUGUCUUUAGGUGUAAGAACUGGUAUACCUAACUUAAAUAUUUGAUUGUGUUUUGCCUCUGUAUUAGACAUAAGUAUUAUAAUAUACCUAAUA